GGUCGCCAGGGAGAGGAGACUGUUUGCAUGACGUCACGGCCUCCAUGGCAACGGAAGACUCUGAGGUCGGAGAGAAGCAGCGACGCUGUAAAUUAUAAACAAGCAGCCGGACCGGGUCGAGGGCAUGAUGGGCUUGCUGUCUAUCUUGCGGAAGUUGAAGAGCGCUCCGAAUCAGGAGGUCAGGAUCCUGCUGCUAGGGCUGGACAACGCUGGGAAAACCACCCUGCUGAAGCAGCUGGCAUCCGAGGACGUGAGCCACAUCACCCCCACGCAGGGUUUCAAUAUUAAGAGUGUGCAGUCACAGGGUUUCAAGCUCAACGUGUGGGACAUCGGGGGUCAGAGGAAGAUCAGACCCUACUGGCGCAAUUACUUUGAGAACACGGACGUGUUGAUCUACGUGAUUGACAGCGCAGACAGGAAGAGGUUUGAAGAGACCGGACAGGAGAUGGCGGAGCUGUUGGAGGAGGAGAAGCUGGCCGGGGUGCCACUCCUGAUCCUCGCUAACAAGCAGGACCUGCUGACCGCCGCGCCGGCCUCGGAGAUCACCGAGGGGCUGAACCUGCACAUCAUCCGGGACCGAGCGUGGCAGAUCCAGGCCUGCUCCGCUGUGACAGGGGAGGGGGUGCAGGAUGGGAUGACGUGGGCCUGCAGGAACAUCACAACGAGGAAAAAAUAAACGAGGAGAGAGAGAGAGACUCUGUGACGAUUUGUAUACUAAGUUAUUGAAGAAAAUAAAAAAAAAGGUUUUAUUUAUUUUUCAUAAAUUAACUGAACUCUAUUCGUAACACAGAUGAUCACUGACUUUCAUUGUGUUUUGUUUUAUAAGAGCCCUUUACGAGAGAGAGAGAGAGAGAGAGAGAGCUUUGAUUAAACUUAACUGGGGAGCCCUGUCUGUCUGCCUGCCUGCAGCUUUAAUGACUUUUCCAAAUAGUUUGCAGUUUUUUUAAGCAGGGAUGGAAAUAAGAGAUAAAAAGAGAAUUGAUCAGGAA